AUGCCUCCCCCACCACAGAGAAAACCCGAGACUGGCGCUGCGAAUAAGGAAGAGAACAUUUACAUUCCCUCUUUCAUCAGCAAGAAACCCUUCUAUGCGGGCGAUGACGAUGACGACGGCGCCGAUUACCUGAAGCAUCAGCGUCGCGAAGAAAAGCAAGAAUCCACAAAAUGGUACGACCGCGGCAGAAAGGCUGGCCCGGCCGCUACCAAGUAUCGCAAAGGCGCCUGCGAGAAUUGCGGCGCCAUGACACACAAGGCCAAGGAUUGCCUGAGCCGGCCUCGCGCAAAGGGAGCAAAGUGGACUGGCAAGGACAUCCAGGCCGACGAGAUCGUCCAAAACGUCAACCUAAACUGGGACGCCAAACGAGAUCGCUGGAACGGCUACGACGCCAAAGAAUACAAACAUGUGGUCGAAGACUACAACGAAAUGGAGAAACUGCGAAAAAUGGCACAACAAGGCGCCGGCGCCGACGAUGAGGACGAUGACGGCGACAAGUACGCAGAGGAGAACGAUAUGAGCAAGCACCAGAGCACAGCUACGCGACAGCUGCGUAUACGAGAAGAUACGGCUAAAUAUUUGCUGAAUCUGGAUCUUGAGUCGGCCAAGUACGACCCCAAGACGCGAUCGCUGGUUGAUGGUGGCGCGACCGCCGACAAAGCCGCGGAUAUGUUUGCCGAGGAAGGAUUUAUGCGGUCGUCUGGCGAUGCCGGUGAAUUCGAACAGGCCCAAAGACUCGCAUGGGAGGCUCAGGAGAAGUCUGGCGAUACUUCUUUACAUAUGCAAGCCAACCCCACUGCCGGAGCCUUUCUCCGUAAACAGGAGGCCGAGGAGGAGGAGCAGAAGCGAGCCGCGAGAGAAAACUUGCUCCGAGAAAAAUACGGCGGUGGAGAGCAGAAGGCGAUGCCAAGCUCUCUGCGCAACAUGACAAUUACAGAAUCCGAAACCUUUGUCGAAUACGACGAGGCUGGGUUGAUCAAGGGCGCGCCGAGAAAGAAGGCCAAGUCAAAGUACAAGGAAGACGUCUUGAUCAACAACCACACUGCAGUAUGGGGGAGUUGGUGGGCAAGUUUCAAAUGGGGGUAUGCUUGCUGCCACUCUUUUGUGAAGAACAGUUACUGCACUGGAAACGAGGGCAAGCUGGCAUGGGAGGCUGCGGAACUACAACGCUCAGGCGCCAAUCUCGCUGAUGGUGACGUCGAAGGGACACAAGCCGACGAAAAGAAGCUUGCCAUCAAAUCGGAAGACGUUGAAAAGCCCAAGAAGAGAACUCGAGAAGAAAUGAUGAAUGGCGUCACUGAAGAAGAGAUGGAGGAAUACCGCCGCAAGAGAACCGUGGCAGCGGACCCCAUGGCGAAUUUCUUGGGCAAGGACGAGCUCAUAUAA